UAAUAACAUCUUAUUAACAACAAUUAAAAAAAGUUCAAAAAAAAAAAUCAACCAACAAUGAAACUUCCAAUCGCAGAAGACUCAGCACCACAAGUAGUUCCAGUUGAUUACUACGUCAACGACUGGUGGCCAGGCAAAAAUCAAAAAUACACCGGUCAAAUUGUUAGAAACGACCAACAAAUGCCAAAAGUCAUUAAAGAAGUUUGUGGCAAACAUUUAUUUAAAAAUACUAAUAAGGAUGUGCUUGGACUACGCUUUGAUUUUUGUAAUAUGACAUUUGUGCCGCGUGGGAUCUGCACAGUCUAUCCGAAUCUUCAAAUUUUGUUGGUCUAUAACUCGAAUGUUCAAAAGCUGAAAAAGGACGAUUUUCUGGGAUGUGAACAGUUGAAGGAGCUGUGGCUGAACAGCUUAAAUAUCGAGUACUUGCCUGGCAAUCUAUUCCAUCACAUGCCGAACCUUGAGAUUGUGUCUGUGCAGUCAUGUAAAGUUAAGUAUAUCGAUAAUGACAUCCUUGAUCAUUUGAAGAAUCUGAAGGUCGCAAAGUUCAAUAGUAAUGAACAGAUUAAUGCAUUUUAUGACUCCGUGUCACUUAAGACGAGUGACGGUAUAAGUUUAGAGGAACUAAAGCAGAUGUUCAAGAAAUUAAGUCCACCAAACUACUAUGACUUGUCUGAAUACUUUGAAGCUGAUAAGUUGGACCCAGUUCAACCCACUAAUGACUAUCUAGCCGAUUCUGUCAUAGCUGACAUCAAGAAGUUCACAGAGAAUGAAAAGUACAAAGACUUGACAGUUAUUGUCGAUGGUGAUGACUUUAAGGUCCAUAAAUUUGUAUUGGCAGCUCGCAGUUCCGUUUUUGCUGACAUGAUUUACAAGAAUCAACAAUCAACAUUGGAACUGACUGAUUUGAGGAAGGAAAUCUUUCAGGACAUCCUUAUUUACAUCUACUCUGAUGAAUUGCCAGAGAUUAACAACAAUGCCUUCGAUCUGUUCUCAGCUGCUUGUCGAUUUGACAUUGAUGUCCUUAAAAAGCAUGCAAUCAGUAAAAUGACAUCUGGAGUGACUGCUGAAAAUGCACUUGACAUGCUGAUUUAUGGAAAAUUGUAUGGCAAUGAGUCACUUAAGAAGAAUGCUUUCGAUGAGAUUAAAAAGAUGUUCCCGGACAGAGAAUUGAGUGAGGAACUGACUGAGGAUACUGAAAAGUUAAAGAAGAUCAUUGAUGCUAAGAUGGUCAUGGAUGAGAAGAUAAGACAAGCACAGGAGGAGUUCGAGCAGAUGGGCUUUUUUGAUUAGUCAACUUUGAAGCUGCUUCCUUAAAAAUUAUUUUGAUUCCUUAAACUUUUUUUAACUAUUUUUCCUUAAAAUUACUU